UCUGGCAAAACGGCAAUGACAUGUGCGCCUUCCAGUCGCUAGGAAAGUAUAUCCACACUUUUCUAUCAUCACAACAUAUAUAUCGUUGACUAGAAGCGUUACCGUAUGCUUUUAUAGUUAUUAACCAUCCAGAUAGUGUGGUACUGUUGGGGGAAAAGAUGCCAUACGCGUAGGCCGGGCUCCAACAAAGCAACCACCAACGACCUAUAUAUCUCCACCAACUUCAGACGACAGCAUCAACACUCCUUCCAGUGAACCGCACAUCCAAUUAUAUCCUCCAAAAAUGGAUUGUAUAUCGUUCUCAACAUGCCUAUCCGCCAUAUUUCGUCAGUGACGCAUCCCCUCGCGCAACCGCCGCCGUUCCUUCAAGUCCCAGCCCACCAAGAUCCUUCUCGAACCGCUCCCUCAAUACCGAUCGAAUUUUGGAGUGCGCUCGCUGCGUGCCCUGCACCGCGCCUUCCUAAUGGAAAAUCGUACCUCCGGUUGUGUUUACGUUUGCGUUUGCGUACGUAAUGUAAUCUAAGCUAUCGCCAUUCACCCACGGUUUUUUAUUACGAUUGUUUGUUUGCUUGAACAGUAAACAAGCAAAGAAAACAAAGCAUCGAAGCUAGUGAGCGAGCUAGAGGAACGACUUGGAUAUAAUCCCUCUGCCUGCUACGGACUUGACUUGGACAACCAACCACCUACUUCCUCAACUUCAUCCCAUUUUCCUGAGACUAUCUUGUCCACCAUCCACUCCAUUGACUUCCUGAGACUCUUUGUCGACCAUCUACUUCCUGAGACUCUCUUGUCCAUCAUCCUCAGCUAGAGCAUAUUGCCAGCUGUCUACUUCCUUCCUGAGACUUCUUCUUGUCGACUCU